AUGCGAGUUGGGUGGCUGACAUGGGAACAAGUAGCAAAGGGACUCGCUUUUGUCGUCACCACGGCAAGCGAUUUGCCGACAGGCAGAGACCGAAAGCUCAUAAGAAGCCAUGUCAUGAGGGGCAAGAAUACUCGGAAGCGGACGGAACCAAGAUUGCAAAUGCGGCAGAUAUCCCCAGUCAUCAUGGGGCUUCCAUCCACAACGAAUGGCCGUGAUGGCGGCCUCCAGGAAGAUGAAGCCGGAUACGAGCUGCACAACGAUGGCGACGUUACCGGCAUACGACGACCUCUCCCAUCUCCUCCCCCAGCUAGCAUCUUUGCUUUCGUUAGUUUCCCCGAAGAAAUCGACGUUAGUGCUCGUAACCUCCUUUGUACUUAUUUCACCUAUUUGAAGACCAACAUGUACCCAAUCGCCAAGUACUCUGCUUCCGAUCCCACCGACAUUUAUUGGUUCCAUUGGACCCAGCUCGAUCUAGCCUAUCUCCACGCCAUCCUGUACACCACCUCGUUCUUCUUCGAUGAUCUGACAGGGCGGAAGAGCGAAAGAACAAAAUAUCACUCAUAUCGAACUGUCAGCGAACUCAAUAAACAGCUCAGCGAUCCACAGACUGCCUUGACUGACUCCACAACGACGGUGGUCAUGUUCAUGCUCUUUAUCACGGAGUGCUUUGGAGAUAUGGAGAGCGCCCACAUGCAUAUGAUGGGGCUGAAAAAAAUCAUCGAUCUUCGUGGGGGCCUGAAGUCGUACGAAGGAAAGCCUCUUCUCCAGGAAAAGAUCCGCCGGUAA